UUCCAUCAACAAAACAUAGUCUUGUCAACCACCCCCAUCUCUAAGACAUUGCCGGUUUGAACUGCGCCACCAUCUCUCUCCGUACAACACAUCAUGUGAGAGUUUUUGCUGGUUCUCACCUUCUCCACCCUGUCAAGACCAUACCCUAAACUUUUUUGCAACUUCUUUCUCCACCUUUCAAGUGUACCUCUUCAACCUUAACACACAAAUCAAACUUUGUGGUCACUUGUGUUGUCUUGUUCUUAACAUUCAUUAUAUAUAUAUAAACAAUCUCAAAUAUGAUUUUUCUUAGGGUUAUAAUAAUUAAGUUCUUGACCUUUCCAUGAUUUUUAUUUUAUUUUAUAAAACAACUAAGUAGGGUUUUUCAUUGAUUUCUUCCUAUAUAUUUUGAGAAUUUAUUUAUUUAUUUAUAAUAUUGUCCAAGCUAUAUAUAUGUUUAUCUAAGUGAGAGAGUGAUAUAAACAUUUGGUUUCUUAAAUUUUAGUCAAUGGAGGCAUACACUAAUAAUCACCUAAGUGAAAACUCAAGUCCAAAUCCAAAUCAAAGUUCAAGGCCAAAUUUCUUGUACUCUUCUUCAAGUGGAAACAACCAACAUCAUCAUCAUCAUAAUCAUAAUCAUCAUCAUCAUGAUGAUCAUAAUCAAAUUCCAAUUAACACCUUUCAUCUUCAAUCUAGUGGAUCAAGUCAAUGUUUUCAAGUACAACCACAACAACACUCUAUUGUGAAAACAGAAGCCAAUAAUAGUUCACAACUUCACACUCCAAUUUUUCCCUACCCUUUGAUGAGAACAAAUAUUAUUAAUCCUCACACAAAUGUUAUGCAUAAUCAUCAUCAAGGAGGAGGGAGUCCAAGUUCAAGUGAAGCUGAAGCUAUCAAAGCCAAAAUCAUUGCUCAUCCUCAAUACUCUACUCUUUUGGAAGCUUAUAUGGAUUGUCAAAAGAUUGGAGCUCCACCGGAAGUGGUGGCGCGUCUGGUUUCGGCUAGGCAAGAGUUUGAAGCAAAACAAAGAUCUUCAAUUAACUCGAGGGAAUCUUCCAAAGACCCAGAACUAGACCAAUUCAUGGAAGCUUAUUAUGACAUGCUUGUGAAGUAUAGAGAGGAAUUAACAAGGCCAAUACAAGAGGCUAUGGAUUUCAUGAAGAGAAUUGAAAAUCAGCUAAAUAUGCUUUGCAAUGGACCCGUUCGGAUCUUCCCCGAUGAUAAAUGUGAAGGAGUUGGUUCAUCAGAAGAAGAUCAAGAGAAUAGUGGUGGAGAAACAGAAUUGCCAGAGAUUGAUCCUCGAGCAGAAGACCGUGAACUAAAAAAUCAUUUGUUGAAGAAAUAUAGUGGUUACUUAAGUAGUCUUAAGCAAGAACUUUCCAAGAAGAAAAAGAAAGGAAAAUUGCCUAAAGAAGCUAGGCAAAAGCUACUUAAUUGGUGGGAAUUGCAUUACAAAUGGCCAUAUCCUUCGGAAUCAGAGAAGGUAGCAUUGGCUGAAUCAACAGGAUUGGAUCAGAAGCAAAUAAAUAACUGGUUCAUAAAUCAAAGGAAGAGACACUGGAAACCAUCUGAAGACAUGCAGUUUAUGGUGAUGGAUGGACUUCAUCCUCAAAAUGCAACUCUUUAUAUGGAUGCUCACUACAUGCCUGAUGGUCCCUACCGUCUUGGUCCAUGAUCAUCAUCAUCUUCAAAUUCAUUCAUCACUACUUUCUUAUAUAUAUAUUUUAUUAUAUAGUUUAAAAGUGCAUAACAUUCAGCACCCUAUAUAUAAAUAGCUCUAGCUAGUUUCAAAAGCAUACCAUGAACCUUGGUUGUGCUUGUUCUUGUGCAAUUAAUGUGAGUGUUUGAGUAAGUCAUAGUGACAAUAUUAAUUGUUUUCUUAAUUAAUCAGUGUCUGUCUGUUGCUUCUAUGAACUUUUGAGUGUAAGUAGUGAAAAUUCAUUAUGUUGUUCAUUGUUGGAUUUUAAGUGUAUGCAGUUUCUCUAUCAUUGUUAGUUAAACCUAAAUGUUGUCGUGUGUGGGAUAAGAUAAUAUGUUUGGUGUAUGGAGAUGAAGAAAUUGCAAUUUUGUGAUAAA